AUCAUUUAUCACGUGACAACACUGAGCCAGAACCAGGAAGAAGAUUGCCAAGAAGGAAAACAACAUAUACCUGAAAUUAGAAGUAGCUGUGUCAGCGCCGUGAGAAUUAACAAAAAGGAAAGAACAAACACCCACUGCCAUGGACGAGACACUCUUUCAAUUAAAGUUUACAGCAAAGCAGUUGGAAAGACUGUCAAAGAAGGCAGAGAAGGACUCAAAGGCCGAACAAGCCAAGGUUAAGAAGGCCCUCCAGCAGAAGAAUGUGGAGUGUGCCAGGGUGUAUGCCGAGAACGCCAUUCGCAAAAAAAAUGAGGGUGUCAACUGGCUACGCAUGGCCUCACGUGUGGACGCUGUGGCCUCUAAGGUCCAGACCGCAGUCACCAUGAAAGGAGUCACAAAGAACAUGACUCAGGUGACCAAGGCCCUAGAUAAGGCUCUUGGCUCCAUGGAUUUGCAGAAGGUGUCAGCCGUCAUGGACAAGUUUGAGACACAGGUGCAGAACCUGGACGUUCACACCUCGGUGAUGGAGGACUCGAUGAGCUCUGCCACCACCCUGACCACACCCCAGGAGCAGGUGGACGACCUGAUAGUGCAGAUAGCCGAGGAGAGUGGCCUGGAGGUAAUGGACCAGCUCAACCAGCUGCCAGCUGGUGCCAGUUCUCUGGGGGAGAGCUCCCGGGCCCAGGAGAGGGAGGACCAGCUUUCGCGCAGGUUGGCCGCCUUGCGGAACUGAGGACCCGUCUCAGUGGCUGUUUCGUAGAGUGGAGAGCAGAGGUUAGAUGUUCACUGAGAAAGAGACAACCAGGACAGUUUGGCUCUCUGCAAUUCUAUUGAACUGUUCCUACAGUGAAGACCUGACAAGCCUUUAUUGAUUCACCCGUCUAUUUAUAUACACAUUGGCGCUCGGUGUGGCUGAAAAUACUACUGAGUGUGUGUUUCGUUCUUUCUCCCGCCCACGCACGCACACACACUCACUUUCUCCCGUUUUACACUGUAAACAAUCUGUCUCCCCUGUGACUUUUUGUCCUCCCUUUUCUAUUUCUGUCUUGUCUCUUUCCCAUCACCUCUUUCCCCAUAUGUCCCCCUUUCUCUUCUGUUCUCUCCUCUGUCGCCCCCCACCCACACACACACACACACACACACACACACAUACAUACAGAUGCUGGCUGUAUUGUGAGCCCCUCACAUCUGAGGUUCAGUAUCCGAUCGGAAGAGCAGAGCUCAACAUAGUCUUUUAUCCAGAGAUGUUUUCAAUAUGUACAAAGGAAAUGUAAAAAAAGUUUACUGUAUUUAGGAAUGAGUGCUGCUUUCAGCCCGGCCAUAUCCUUGGAUGAUGGCUCUCAUCUUUUCCCCAUAGCAAUUUAGGUUUCACGGUCUUCUCGAGAGUUUUAUAUACAAUACCUGUUUUGUUCAAACUGAGGCAGGAAUACGAUAAUACAAGAGCUGAAAUGAAAAACAGGAUUGCAGGGGAUCGUUCUGAUGCAGUCAUGGGAGCUGCCAACCAUAGAACAUGUCUCUUUCCCUGACUUGUUUUGCUGUAGAUAUUAGUCAGAACAGGAACAUGGAUAUUUAGGAGAAACACUAAGACAUCUGGGAACUGGUUUCCUUUUGACCCCCCCCUCCCACUCCUGUAUCACAUCAUUUAAAGUCAUGGGACUUAGUCACAGCAUAAACAGUCACCAUUUGCAUUGCAUGCAGUGUAAUACUGCUGCAAAAUGCAUAAUUUUUUGCUCUGUAAAACAGCUUUUGAAUUUGUGUAAUACAUUGGUAACUGUUUUUAGUUUUUUUGUUGUUGCUGGAUUAUUCAAUUUUAUUUUUUUUAUUUCUUUUUCAGUGAUUCAUGUUUUUAUUGCUCUGAUGUGUCUGGUUUCUUUGGUGAAUUGUUUGUUGUUGUUGUUGUUGUUGUUGUUUUUUCAUGAAUGCCUUACUGUCACACAGCUGCUUGUCUGGGUGCUCUUCCUCAGUGCCUCUGUUAGAAAACCCAUAGAGAGCUUAAGAGCUGUAACGACAAUAAGAACACCCCCACCCACCCACACACCUCCCAUCUCAUCCCAUCCACCAUCAUUACCAUUACUGGCUCCAUGUUGUCAUGGAAACAAGGAAGUCCCCUUUCUCUCUCUCACACACACUCUGUAGUCCUGCCACAAUCAGCCCUGGGUGAAUCUUUGCUUGGUUCCUUCUGCCAUGAUGACUAUCAUCAUUUUAAUUUCAGUUUGUUUUGUUUGGUGGCUCUCCCCGUCUCAGUUGAGAUGGUAGGGCAGGGGUUUAUUUGUACUUUAACUUACAAAAAUGACUCAAAGCGGCAGAGAUCUUUCUUUUGUAUAUUUAACUUGUGGAAAUAAAAUUCCCUCUGAUAUUA